CGUCCCCCCGAUUUGAGGCGGAGCUGAGUCACGUGCCUGGAAGAAAGAACGAGCGGGGCGAGGGGUUGGAGCAGCCAUGGCAGCUCCGGAGUCGCUCUCUCCGGCGGGCGGCGUGGGCGAGGAGGCGCCGGAUGAGGACGAGGAUGAGGCGGAGGCCGAAGACCCCGAGCGGCCGGCGGGAGCGAGCGGAGCGCGCGGCAGCGGCAGCGGCAGCGGCGGAGCCGGAGUUGGGAGCUGCGUCGGGGCCGGGGGCGCGCUCAGCAGGCGCUCGGUAACACUGAGGGUGCUCCUCAAAGACGCGCAGCUGGAGCCGGGCGCUGGAGUGCUGUCUAUCUACUACCUGGGGAAGAAGUUCAUGGGGGACCUGCAGCCAGACGGGAGGAUUGUGUGGCAGGAAACUGGGCAGGUGUUCAACUCACCCAGCGCCUGGGCCACCCACUGCAAGAAGCUUGUGAACCCAGCCAAGAAGUCGGGCUGUGGCUGGGCCUCCGUCAAGUACAAGGGCCAGAAACUGGACAAAUACAAGGCCGCCUGGCUCCGGCGACACCAGCUCCAUGUGCCUGCAGCUACCGCCGACGAGAGCCCAGCCAGCGAAGGGGAGGAGGAGGAUCUGCUGAUGGAGGAAGAGGAGGAGGAGGUUCUGGCAGGGGUCUCAGCAGAGGACAAAAGUCGAAGGCCACCUGUGAAGGGCCCCUCAGAGCCUGCCCACCCCGAGGCCACGCCCCUGGGAAAGCGAGGAGAAAACAAGAUCCGGGCGCCAGUGCGGUACUGCAUGUUGGGCAGUCGCGACUCUGCCAGGAACCCCCACACCCUGGUGGAAGUAACAUCGUUCGCCGCCGUCAACAAGUUCCAGCCAUUCAACGUGGCCAUCUCCAGCAACGCGCUGUUUCUGCUGGACUUCCACAGCCACCUAACGCGCAGCGAGGUCGUGGGGUACCUGGGGGGACGCUGGGACAUCAACAGCCAGAUGCUCUCGGUGCUGAGAGCCUUCCCCUGUCGCAGCCGGCUGGGGGACGCGGAUACGGCGGCUGCCAUGGAAGAGGAGAUCUACCAGAGCCUGCUCCUGCGCGGCCUGUCCCUAGUGGGCUGGUACCACAGUCACCCGCACAGCCCGGCCCUGCCGUCGCUGCAGGACAUCGACACGCAGAUGGACUACCAGCUGCGGCUGCAGGGCUCCAGCAAUGGCUUCCAGCCCUGCCUCGCCCUGCUCUGCUCCCCUUACUACUCUGGCAACCCGGGCCCCGAGUCCAAGAUCUCCCCCUUCUGGGUGAUGCCACCCCCUGAGCAAAGGCCCAGUGACUACGGCAUCCCCAUGGACGUGGAGAUGGCCUAUGUCCAGGACAGCUUCCUGACUAAUGACAUCCUCCAUGAGAUGACGCUGCUGGUGGAGUUCUACAAGGGCGCCCCUGAUGCGGUGCGGUUCCAGGAGCCCUGGGACCCAGAGCACACCUGCCUCGACAAGCUGAAGAUCUCCCUGGCCGGCAGGAUGCCCAAGGACCAGGGCCUGUGCCACGUGCUGGAGCAGGUGUGCAGCGUCCUCAAGCAAGGCAUCUGAGGGCGUCGGCCUCUCAGGACCUGGGAGGACUCCUGGUCAGACUCGGAGCCCCUUGCCCCACUCUCAGCAGCUCUGGGUGAGGGGGAACGGGAUUCAGGGCUUUGUCUGUGGCUGUGACUGGCUUGUGCGGUGGCAGGGGCUUACACAAUAAAGGAGAGAAACAGCCCAGGCA